UGCUCGAUUUGAUAUGACAUCAUGGAAACGGUCACCUUCCGUGGCGUGGUCUCCCUCACGUCCCCGUCGCGGCUUGUCUUUCCGCAACACCAUCGAAUGAUCCGCGAACCCUGCUCGGUUCCCUCGUAACCCGCGGAACAUCAGACAAGAGCGCAGGCCUCCCCAGAGCCUUGCACAACACACUACACGCCCUGAUUCCGUGUGGAACGGUCCGCCGCACUUGUGGCUAUCGGAAACUAGCUCGCUGGAAGAAGCCAGAGUGGUGUUUCGGGCUUCGUCUGCGUCCCGACGUUCGAGGUUGUUCCGAAGCUUGGGCCCUGCAGCUUCCACCCUCACGCCGCGCAUUCUUCUCUCCUCCCAACCACACCACGCCGCGACAGAGAUGGACGACCAGCAUUCGCCCGUCACGCGCGCCGAGGACGACACGCCGCCGUCGCCAAAGCGCAAGAAGGUGCGCGCCAAGUACGCGCCCAAGGCCUGCGUGUCGUGCCGCCGCUCCAAGCUCAAGUGCUCUGGCGAGAACCCAUGCCAGCGAUGCAUCGACAACGGAAAGCGCUGCUUCUACUCCGAAGACCAAACCGCCGCCGAAGCCCUGCAGAACCUCAGCCGGCCCAACCCCAUACAACCCCCCCUCGCGACACUUAGCACAAACGGCAAUAGCCUCGGCGCGCGGAGAAGUCUACUGCCGCGCCAUGAAGGCACCAUCGAGCGGAGGGCAAGUGAUGCAAGCGUGCUGGGCGGUCUCUCCAUGGAGGCACGCAUGGCUAGGAUCGAGGGCAUGAUGGAGACUCUGAUACAGGAGCGAGGCAUGACCAUGACCCCGAGAGGAAGCAUGGAGCGCGACGAAGCCGCCAGCGACAGCAUCCAAGGCGACUCCAUGUUGCAAGGACUUGGCGAUACACUCAAUCCAAUCCUCGCCCAACUCAGUCAGCCCGCUUUCAGCCACGACUCUCCCGGACGAAUGCGGCAUUCCAUCUCCGGGGUCAGUCCCUCGAGCGGUGCCGAUUCUCCAUUGACAAUCCGCGUCGGCGCACGGAAUUUCGCCUUUCCCAGUCCCGUUGACUAUCAGAAGUACCUCGACUUCUUCUUCGCCGACCUCGGCCCUUUCCUCCCCUGCAUCAACGAGGCCGAAUUUCGCAUACGGGGCGACAAGAUGCUUGUCGCAAGAGUGAUUCAUACCAGUGACAUCUGCUUCCUGGCAUUGAAUUACCUCAUCUUCGCCUGCUCAGACAUCGCGGUAGACACAACACCAUCGGGCGUCGGCAGCAAGCCUCCAGGGUGGCAAUGGUUCCACACAGCGGACGAGCUAGUCGGCAAGAGGAAGCUCAGUGGCCGCGGCGACUUAAGUCUGAUACAAUUAUUGAUUAUGGAGGCUUCUUAUCUUGCAGCUGCGGACAGACCGAACGCAGCUUACAACGUGAUUGGGAUUGCUUGUAGGCUAUGCUUCCAGUUCAACCUGCAUCAGCAGUCAUCCUGGCGCAAUUAUACUCCGUUCGAGAUACACAUGCGUCAGCGCAUCUUCUGGACGGUAUAUUUCCUCGAACGACGGAUAUCACUGAGCUGCGGCCGGCCUUAUAGUAUCCGUGAAUUGGACAUCGAUGUCGAACAGCCUACAUACUUGCAUGAUAGGGACCUGCAUCCAGACCAGCCAUUACCCGAGCCUGAUGUCUCACGAUCCUCCAACACGUUCCUGAACUGUAUGGUCUGUUGGGGCCGCUUAGCAGGCGACAUCUGGGAUAAUGUGUUGGCUGCGCCGGUCGCAAAACAAAGCGUCAAUGAAGAGAAUGCGGCCGUCCUCAACACCCGAAUCAAACAUUGGACGGAAGUCGUCUUGCCAACGAUUCCCCUCCUGCCUUCCGACCAGCCACCAGACGUCAGACAGCUUCGUCAGCAUGUCGUUGUGCACACUCUCCUCGACCAGCUGCGCCUUCUACUCUGGCGCCGGACCUUGCUAUCACUCAAAUACGACAGCGAGAUCGGGCGCCUUUGUGGAGAUCUAGCCAUCGACGUCAUCCAGCGCAUUCGAGCCCACAGCCCAGAAGCGAAACACCCCAGUUCGUUCCGUUUCCACAUGGCAGUCUCACUUGGCGGACCCCUGCUUACACUGUCUACCCUUCUUGUCCGGGACCUGGCUCCCCUUGGCUUGCAAGAUAGACAACCGAUUUACGGGGAAGGCUUCCGGGAAGCAUUUUCAAUAUUACACGACCUCUCCACCUACCCCCACAUAGCCAGGCGCAUUCUGGACGACUUCAAGGAUAUCGCACCCGUCGUUUCGGACAUCCUGAACCAACAGCAACAGGGACAGGCAUUCUCGCAUCAUGUCGUCCCGCCGAACGUCGCUGAGCUUCUGCCAUACAGGGAAAUCGACUUCGCUCAACAGUCGGGUUGCGCUGUACCUGAUAUGAUUCUAGUGAACGGUGUGGAUAUGAUGGUUCCGCAGAAUGUUGAUCCGUGGGAGUACGACUUCACGAGUAGAGAAGGAGGAUAUGGAGUUCCUUGGAUAUAGGGCCCAGUUUCUGUAUUACGAUAUGUGGACUAUGGCGUUUUAGGUAUUCGUAGCAUGCAUGCAUCUGCAUGGGGGGAGUUUGUACUUUGCAUCGAUACCCCAUGCGAGAAAAUCCGGGCUCGGAAAAUAUGGCGUCUGGGUGGGAAAUGUUGCAAUGCUGGAAAAAGAAUACAACGGAAUUUCAUCCUGGUUUGUUUUGUUGGCUUCGAUUCGACUCGCGCACCUCUUUCUCCCUCAGUGUGUGGAGUAGAUGCACUGAAGCGGAGAGUAAGUCUAUGAUGGCUAAUCUAAUGGAUUUGGAGGGCUCUGUGGAGCUGCAGUGCUAGUAGGCGUAUGGCUGGAUUCGACGUAGUGUCUAUAGGGAGGGGU